CUUUUUUCUACUCCUAAUAAAUCACCAAAACAAACUAAAAAGCCAGGUAGAAAUUUAAACAAGGAAUACAAAAAGUCUAGAAAAAACUGCAGUGAUUACACAAAUAUACAAGUUCUGGGGGAAUGUAGAAUGAAAUGCAAAACAAAAAUUUGCUUCGAAGAACAAACCAUCCUUUUCAAAAGUUAUUGGAAUGGGGACUAUAACUCACGUCGGCAAAUACUAUCAAGCCUAAUUGACGUUCAGCACAAAAAAACUGCCACCUUAGAUAACCCGAACAUUCCGAAAACACAAAAGUUUGCAAGAAAUGUUUCCUUCAAUUGUAUGGCGAAACAGAACACAGAGAAUCAAAACUAUUUGUAUGUACAAAAUACAACCGAAAUACGGCGGAGUCCCUCCUAAUGACCGCCGAGGAUGGAGUGCUCCAAGCAAUAAGCUUACGGUUGAGAAGCAUAACGAAGUUUUGAACUUUAUAAACUCUAUACCAAAAUAUGAAAGCCAUUACAGUCGGCGUCAUACUACCAAGAUCUAUUUCCAACGAGGACUUAAUCAGGCAUCACUCUAUAGAUUGUAUAAAGAAAAUUUCAGGAAAUAUUUAAAACUUUAGACAUUAAAUUUAAAAAACCCCAGCUUGAUUUAUGCACCCAAUGCGAAACAUUGAAAGAAAAAAUUAAAAACACUGAGAAUAUGGAGGAAAAAGCUGAGAUUACUUUACAAUUAAAAAACCACCAUGAUGCUGCUGAUUUCGCAUAUGACUGUAAGAAAAGGGACAAAUAACUCUCCCGUCAAGAUAAAUCUGUGAAAAUGUUUUCUUUCGACCUGCAGCAGUGUCUGCCAACGCCUUAUUUGAAAGCUUCAAUGCUUUUUUAUAAACGUCCCUUGUGGACCUUCAACUUAACUAUUCAUAAUGGUGCCACCAACAAGGUCAACUGCUACAUUUGGCAUGAAGCUAUUGCGAAGCGCGGAACUAAUGACAUCGGCUCUUGCAUUUAUAAGUGCCUCGCAAGCUUAUCUAAUGACGUAAAGCAUGUCAUUUUAUACAGUGAUUCAUGCACUGGUCAAAAUCGUAACACGUAUAUUUGUGCUAUGUUUGCAAAGGUGUUGGAAGAUCAUCCCACAAUUGAAACAAUUGAUCACAAGUUUCUAGUUGUUGGUCAUACCCAUCUAGAAUGUGGGACAGUUCACGCACAGAUAGAAAAGAAAAAGAAAUACACUUCUGUUUCUAUUCAACAUCCCCAUGACUGGUCAAAUUUAAUUGCUGCUACAAACAAAAAGUAUAUUACUCAGGAGAUGAAGCAAGAAGAAUUCUACAAUUUCAAUGCAUUGAUGAAAGACAAAUAUACCUGGAGAAACAACAACACCGAAGGUGAAAAGUUUGAGUGGAAAUUUAUAAGGUGGUUGCGGUAUGAGAAAAAGGAGCCUGGACUGAUACGCUACAAAUAUUAUUUUGGCUUGGACGAUCCAUUUAAGGAAUUAAACAUAAAAGCACGGUGUCUAUGAGCUUGCAAAAUCGUAUACGGGUCCUCUCCCUAUUUCUGCAAACAAAAAACGCGAUUUGCUAGAUAUGUUGCCGUUGGUCAACCCAGAGCUGCACAGUUUUUACUGAAUUAUUAAAGUUGAAGGAGAAUCCGUGGUUGAAAUAGAUUCAGAUUUGGAUGAAAUUGAAGAAAAUGUCUAAAAAUUUAAUUAAUUAAAGUGCCUAUUUAUUUUAUUGUAUU